AUCUACUAUGAGGAACAGAUUUGUCAGUGUGUCGCACUCAGAUUUCUCCAGAGGUGUUUGCACAGCAUGUUUCUGUGGUUAGUUAAGCUCGGGUUUGAUGCUGCGGCUGUGUUGGUUGGACAUUGUUGACCAAUAUUGGCCUGAUAUGUCAGACAGAAGCUUUUUUCCUUUGAACUUGAAUGCAGAUAAAGGAACUGUGUCUUACAGUAGUUACAGUAGUUUGUCCACUUUGCCUCCAUUGUUUCUUUGUCUCACAAAUAACAGAGCAUGCGUCACAAUGCGGUUUGGAGUUGAGCCGUGUCUCCAACCUUCCAUCUCUACAGUUUGUAAGUCGGAAUUGGCCCCAAAACUUCAGUUUUGUCUCAGCUCUUGUUAAUACAGAGAAGCCAAAAAGAGUGAGAGAGCAGAGAGGGGCUCGAGUUUGGCAGGGAGCCUUUAUGAACAGGGCGCAGAUAUGAUCCAAACAAGUCAACAGAUGCACUCAGUGAAAAGGCUCUCAAGGACACAGCAUGCCACAUUUUAAAGGCCUGUGUUACAGAUAGAUGCACACUUUUCUGCUCUUCAGCAUGAAAGCACCACUAGGCUUGAACUACUCGAAGAAAUGUGUGAACUGACGCAAGAUUGCAAAAGAGGACUAAUCUUGCUAUCCAUGAGCUCCGAUUUCCCACACUACAGUUUCAGGAUGCCAAAUAUAGGGUUCCAGAACCUUCCCCUUAACAUCUACAUUGUGGUGUUUGGGACAGCCAUCUUUGUCUUCAUCCUCAGCCUCCUCUUCUGCUGCUACUUAAUAAGGUUACGGCACCAGGCGCACAAAGAGCUAUAUGCUUACAAACAAGUCAUUCAGAAGGAAAAAGUCAAAGAGCUAAAUUUGCAUGAGAUUUGUGCAGUGUGCUUGGAGGAGUUCAAACAGAAAGAUGAGCUGGGGAUUUGUCCAUGCAAACACGCCUUUCAUAGGAAGUGCCUCAUUAAGUGGCUGGAGGUGAGGAAAGUGUGCCCGCUGUGCAACAUGCCCGUCUUGCAGCUCGCCCAGCAGGCCGGCAACACAGACCCUCCUGUGCAGAUAGAGCAGCCUUUGCCUGGCAUUGAGAACUUGGUGUAGCAGACUGACAGCCUCCUUCACAGUACACUACAAACACACGCAUCCCGACACUCAUGCUCUUACCUGUACAGGUACACUUUUGGUAUGAGUGCGUGGACAGACUGGAGAAACUGGAGCUAAUGCUCAGAUCUACGCAAAAGCUGCGAAUCUGCCGCCAUCGCCACCUCUCGUAUCUUUUUGCAUCGGUUCACAAAAGGAUUUCCUGACAUCGGCUCUAACUGAGAGUCAUCUGUUUUCAUGUAUUUUUAUUUUCACGGACAAUGAAGAAGAGCUGAUAACGAAGAAGUUUUCCUUUUCGACCAAGACGGUCGAUAACUUUUUCACAACCAAAGCACUUUUCUGGGAACGCCAGAGAAAGACCAGGAGGAAGAAGGAAAAGACAAAAGAACUACAGUACACUAAAAUCUGAAUAGUUUUUCUUUUAUUUAACAAGCACUUUAUGAGAAAGGCAAACCUGAAUUUGCAUGUGGCUCGUAGUCCCAUGGUCAAUAUAUUUUAUCAUUAACUCUCAUUUCCAUGUACAGUACAAAUAAACCAGGGUUAGAUCAUUUUGGAUUUUUUUUGUUAACAAACAAAAUGUACAUACACAUCAGAAAGGGACAUCGAUACCCACUGCAGUGGAUGCGGGGAAAUUUGGAGUUUGUUUAGUUUGUGCUGCACACACACAAGAAACCGAAGUCAAAGUAUCCUCGACUUUACGUCUGACUGAAUGUGACAGGUUUUUACACGCACACAACCCACACGCACACACAAUUCAGAUGAAACAUGAAGAAUUUGUUCCCGCAUCGCCCCACUCGCCUCAUUCAUAAUGUUACAGUUCUCCUUUUUUGUAAGGAUUCGAACACAUAAAGAUGAUGCAGUGAACUAAUUAUAGCAUCAGCCGUGUGUGGAUACUGUCACCCCUCCACAAUCCAGGCAUUACUUACAGUUGAGAUCAGUCACAGGAAAUCAACAUUUCACGGUGCCCACUGUUUUAACCUCAAAUUGUGUUGGUGUGUAUGCACUGAUGCUUAAUCUUUAAACAGUUAAACAGAGCCAACAGAAGGAAUCAAGCACUCAGACGUUUCCCAGGUAACACAGAUGUUGCGCUUUGCUUCGCAGCGUUUUUAUUUCAUUGAAGCCGAGCUGCGCGGGUGCCGCAGAGACUCGUCUUCGCGAACAUUUCACAGAAACAAAGUGUCAUACGGUCGAGUCGGCGUCACUCGAAAUAUCACCGCACGUCCCUCUGAAUCUGAAUGACUUCUGAGUUUAAGCACGCUGCAUUUACCGCUGAAUUUGUUUUUGCUUCCGCUCUAGUAUUUAUGCUUUUUUAAAUAUAUAUAUAUAUAUAUUUAUUGUGAUAUCUCGGUACAGCUUCAUAGAGAGAACGAGUUAGUGGACUCAGCAAAGCUUUCAGGCAACAUUUCCACACAUACAUUGGGAGGGGCUCGAGCCGCAAACCCCCCUCCCGCCCCCACCCACAGAGGUAGCAGUCAGCAGGUUGUAAUGAAGCAGCAGUUUCAUUCACACACGCGCACACAAGUUCAGCUUUUUGGCCGUGGUAUUCUGGCGCUUUCGCCCCUCGCCUCUCUGUAUAGUACAGGGUGCUUUUGUUUCGUGCCACACAGACAUUAACCCUGAACCCCUGACCUUUGUGUUUUUGUUUUUGUCUCCUGUUAAUAUGUUGUUGGGCUAAAAGAAAAAAGCUUCAUCACUCUGAGAUGAAUUAGAGAUUGUCAUUUUAUCAAUGAUGUGUGCUAUCCAGUAACAGCUGUGUGUUACCUUUUUUAGAAGCACAAACAACAACAACAACAACAAAAAAUGAGCCCCCGCUACAAAAAGUGAGCUUUCUGUCAGGGCUAACAUGCUAACUGAUUGUUCUGUUUUCUGGCUGCUUUCUUUCUGAAUUAUUACACAAAGGUUGAGGCUCACAAUACGUGGACGAUGCUUCUUCCAUUGUUACUUUGAUCUGAAUGUCAGGCCACACACACACACACCGCAGUGUUGACCUCUGUGGACAUUAAAUAAGAACAAAAACAGGGUUAUUUUUCUGUCUUGUGUGAGGGUCACUCCUCCUGCAUGGAAGCAGCACGGUGCUACAUAAAAAUGUUUAGGCUGAUUGAAACGUAUUGGCCAAUCCCAAACAGACUUAUUAGGACACUUGGUGAGCAGGGCGUGUAUCAGACAACAUCUCCACUUCAAAAGAGUUUUAUGUUGAACAAAUGAAGCAGCAUCAAAUCCUGCAGCGUAUGACGGGCAGUAUUUGUUGCCUUCUCUCUUCUCGGUUUUGGUUACAAAAAGGCUGUGACUGUUUUUCUGCACUUAUAUUAAUCCAAGAUCUUCGCUUUAUCUUUCUUCCACUGUCCCCCGAUAGACGCUGGUAAUAACACAAGUCUUAAUGCUUUGUUCCUGCUAGUGGAUUUGUCUUUGAAUGUAUGUUUCAGGAGAAAAAGGACAGAUUUAAUGUGAAAACGUGCUAUUUUGCGUAGUCAAGUUGCCACUUUGUUUCACCACUGUUAGAUGUAUGUAGAUGCUAGUAUCAUAAAUAGUGUUUUUACACACGGUGCACAAAGAGAAGAAAAAGCUCCUUCCUGUAAACUGAACGGCAGCUGACACUUCCCUGCAGUCUGCUCUAUCUUAAAUGUUGCUCGAUUGUAAAACACCUUCCACCUGAAUUUUUUCCUUCCCGCGUGCCGUCCCGAUCCCGCUAAAAGAGAGCGCGCCAACCCACGGUGAAUCAGAUUGAUUGAGCAAAGAGAUGCGAGGGAGUUUCUGUGAGGCUGCGGGCAGAAGAGGCUGGAAGCUGAGCCAGUCAUGAAUAUAGUAAUGAUGAACGACUUCCCACCGCUGAAAUCACCAUUGACGUCAGCGCCGCUCCUGAGUUACCUCGGGCUAUAAAUAGACGACAGUCAGGAGCACAGUUUUACACCGAGAAUCUACUCGUAUUGUGAGUGGAGAGCUUCCGAAUGACGGCCUCACAAGCCACUUUUAUUAUUGUCCCUUUAGGGCAAGGCGUUUGAUGGGGGAAUGUGACAGACUCAGUUUUAUUCAUUAAAGAGUAAAGUUGUUACCCUUUCCUUUCAGAUGAGGGUUGCGUUACAUUUCCGUGGUUGAUUUUAGCGACCAGACCAUUUAAUUUUAUUUUGAAAUCUCUAUCACUGCCGCCCUCAAGUGAACUUUCUUCUUGUUUGUAUGGUGUGCUAUUUAUUUCACCACUGCUCCAGUAGUGACCUCCUUACCCACCAAUACUCCUCCCACUCCUCCCCUUUUUAUUUUAAAUGUUGUCCAAACAAAUCCUCCCACCUCCCAGCUUGAGCAGUGUACCUGAACACACCCUCUUGCCUCUUUUUUUGUUAACACUGAUUACGUUUGUGGACUUUCACAGACAUUUGUUUGUAAAACUAAGAAUUCUGCAGCCAGAAUAUUUUUGGAGACAGUCAGUAUUUGUAAGCUCUAUUUUUGUAUAUUGUUAUUUUGGAGAAAAUAAUAUGCUUUUUUUUUUCUUGUUUUUUGCUAAUUUUAUGGGUAUUCAUUUCAAGAAAAUGUUGCAUGUGACUUGAGUUGAACUGUAAAUAAAGUUUCCAAGUUUUGGAAGGAU